ACACAGAGAUCAUCAACCUUGCCUUUCACCCACUCUGCUCAACCCUCCCCUCUACUGCAAGUCGCGAGGCGCUCGCAGUCUCGCGUGACUGGCCAGUGUUGCGUCCAGGAGCGACGCCCAACUUCUUUGCCAUCGAGGCGAACAGUGCAGCUCAGACGGGCGCUGUUCAACGAGAAGGAGGAGAAGGACACUGGUUCCGUCUUGAGCUGCCGGAGCAAGGAGGAGUACUGGAAAAGGGAUGGACAGUCAGAGCGUCUUGGCCUGCUAAUGUGAGUGAGGGUUGAAACAUAGGAGCUCAAAGUCUAACAGGCAUUCUAGAGUUCCCUGACCGAAGGCUUUCUCCCUCUUACAGCACCACGUCUCUCUCGGCCUCAACGUCUACACGCCAGAAGAGAUGCUCCAGCAGAAGAGGUCUGGCUCACACUUGAGCGCACGCAAGUCUCAACAGCCUCAAGAUGAUGUUGCGCCCUGCUCGUCGCUCUACCUCUACCUCCUGACCGAGGUGGAAGGAGUGUCCAUCCCGCCCUCUUCCCUCCAGAAUUCAGCGCAAGCACAGCUACAUCCCGCGCUACGGCUGCUGAGUACGCUCGCUUCGUGGUACCUAGAUCCGCUCUCUGCAGCGCCUGUCGUUCGGGCGGGCUCUGUCAGCGAAGAGCAUCCUGUGGUUGGCCCUGCUACCACCCUCACGCCCAUCCACCUUACGCUUGAGCCACUCCUAUUCGGCGUCGCGCCUAGGAGCAUCACGCUUCAUCUCCUGGGAGUAUUGGCAGUUAUCAUGGCAGGGCUUGGGGUGUUUGUGCGUGCUGACGGAAUGGAUAAGGUGGGGGAAUGGGUGCAAGAGGCGGUACAGGAUCGAAGGGAAAAUGAAGUAGGGAAAGGAUUGUGAACGGGGAAUCUUUGGAGCUUCUUGCGAUAGUGUCACCCGCCUCGUUAUUCAAUAUAGAUUCACCAUGUCAUCCAAGUCUUUUGUGCAGCGAGC